GUGUGGAAAAGACUCGUAUGACGUCACGUCCUUCCGAUGCCAGUUUUGGCAGCUGUCAAACCGCAAGGCUACCAACGCAAGAACGCGAAAUCGCCUCGAAAUUGCCUGAGUCGGCGGAGUCAAUUUCCAUGCACGAUUUUCUCGAGUUCCUGAACGUAACCUGCCAAGUCAACGAUUCCUUCAACAGCGGCAAGAAAAAUCCUCCCACCUUCGACUACAACCAGCUGGCUCGCAAUGAGCUGGUUAACAGCAUUCAACAAAACUCCCGGUCUUCGUCGUCCGGUGGUGGAAAAUCGACCGAAACUCCGUCGGCAAUCUCACCCGCAAGAAACGCAGCCACCACUGCGACUGCGGCGACCGGUGGAAAAAGGGACACGACGAAGCCAGAUGAUGUGUCGUCCUCGUCGUUAGGUGUGAGCUCCACACGCACGCUCCCAGCAGAUAAGAAAAUGCCCGCGAAAAAGCGAACCGUGUCGCAAAAAUCGCAAAAGAGUAAACCGGAAACGGUCGAGGUGCCCAAAAACCGACUCGAAACCAUUUUGAACGGAAAGCUUGACGAGGUGCUGAACGAGGGCAUACUGGAUUCGGUGCUGCCGUUCAUUUGCCCAUCGAAUGGGUCAGGCUACCAUCACAAAGGCGGAGCCGGGCAGAAGCUAGGCGUAAGCAACCCACUCGGCGGAGUGCAAUCGAUCAACGGAUCAACCUCGAUCGGUGUGGGCUGUUCUGGUGGCGGUGGAAAAUCGGCCGCCAGUGGCGCUUCGUCACCCGACACCCAGAGCGGAAGCAGUGGCAAAAAGUCUACCCUCUCGGCCGUGGGAGACGUUUCGCAAAAUUUUCUUAUCGCCAGCAGCUCGACCAAAACUGGCCUGCGAAGAAAAUCGUCCAUCGCACAGAUCGCCAUUCCCGACAGCCGUGCCGAGCCCGAGGUGAUCAUUCACGUGUGCGACGAGGUAAAGGGUUCGUCGAGGGAUUUCUCCUGUCCGCAGAAACUGCUCAUCACCAAGAUGGGCUACUUUGCCGACGUGACCGCUGGCCAGCGGCUGGAAGAUAUGGACAUUUCGGUUCAUUGCGAUCUGCAAAUUUUCGAAUGGCUCAUGAAGUGGGUGAAGAAGGAAUCGGUGGCCCAAGACGAAUGGCCCGCACUGGACCCGACGAACGUGAUACCGAUACUGGUGUCGGCCAGCUUCCUGCAGAUGGAGCCGCUGCUGCUCGAUUGCCUUUCGUUCUGCCACGCUCGACUUAACGAAGUCGUGAAGGCUUCCGCAAAUCUGGCCUGUCUGAACGACAGCAUCAUCACGCGGCUGGCCGCCAUGUUCACGAACCUCGAGCUGGAGGUGGUGAAGGACAAGAAGGACCGUAUUGCACCACGUCUCUGGACCAAGCUCAUUGCCAGUCUGUGUGACAUCGAACCGCAGGCACUGCGCGGCCAUUACGCGACGCUGGCCGGCAUGUUUCGUUGCUUAAAGUGCGGUAAGUUCCUGACGCAAACGGUCAGCACGUACAUCCACUGUUUGCCGCAAAACUUGCGCCUCAAUCGCUGGGGCCAGCUGAUCAGUGCGCACGUGAAGGACCCGUCGUGGAACAUUAACAAUUACGUUUCGAGCCUGCACAAAGAGUUGCGCUCCUGGCGCAAGGUUUAUUGGCGUCUGUGGGGCCACUGCCACUUCCUGUACUGUUCGAUAUGUGACACACACUUCCCGGUGAGUCAGAUGAUGUGGUGCCAGUACCAUCCGGAGCAACCACAGUUUCUAGGCCCCGCGGCAGAGGGUCGCGUGGCGGGACCUGCCGGACGAUAUCCUUGCUGUGGCAAGCAAGCCUACCGGUAUGAAGCACUGCCCGGGCCUUCGGGUUGCCUUUUUCGCGAACAUACGGUCCAGGUGGAAGCGGAUCGCGAUCGGGCAGUGUUACAGCUGGCGCUGCACGCUUCCGAGGGCGGCUGUCUGUACGAGCAGCCGCCCUUCAAACCACCCAACACAUCCGCCGAUCCUUGGUGGAGUGGUAUCGGCAUAGUACCCCACCGUUCCCGCCAAGGCCUUUUGCCGACGUUCCACGUGGACGGCGAUGCGAUGGUCAACCAUCACCACCAUCACCAUCACCGUUCGAGUCGCCAAAUGUCGCAGUCCGCGAUGGACACGGAAACCGAUACGGACUCGGAUGAGUACGACAAAUCCGGCACCAACCAGAGCCGCAGUACGAGCAGCAGUUCGGACGGGGAGGAAUCGGAGUACAGCAGUCCGGCUUCGUUCCAACAUCAGCAGCAUCAGCAGCAGCAGCAGCAGCAGCAACAGCAGCAAACGCAACAGCAGCACGCAAAGGACAUGAAGCGUAAGCCGAAACUUUCGUACGGGCGGCACUGGGCAGGGGACAUGUCCGCGCGCAGCAACCAGGACAACCAGCGCGAGUUUGAGGAACGUGCCAUGAAACAGAUCAUUACGAUGGUCGGGAAACGUACCGGCGGUGAGCAGAAUUUGCAGUACCAAACGUACCAACAGGGCGGCACGUACAUCAAGCUCGAAUUGGAUUGGCGGGAAUCGAUUAAGCAGAAGAAUUUGGCCACCCUUAAGAUGAAGACGAACGGCACGAAAUGAUUGCUGUUAAUCGAUUUACGUGACAGCAGAUCGCUAGAAAAAUCGUUCUAACACUGUAAACCGGUAAAGAAUACAUUCGCGAUUCCCCCCCUGUAAACUUACCGUUUCCUGGCGGUAACGGCGAUUGGUAAGUACACGCUGGCUGCCAAUUUGAUGUCUAAUAUGGACGUACUCCGCGAGAGAGGAAGAGCCUGGGAAGGGUGUUCGUUUUUUGGGGUCGCUAAUGCACUUACGCCACGUUCUGUAGCCACAUCCCUCACAAUUCACUCACUAAAUUGCUAAUUGAUAAGAACAAAAUCCUAAACUUGAAUGACCAUUUUCUGAAGCGGAAAACUUUUUCAAAAUUAGCCUAAUUAAAUUGGAAUCCGUUGAAACUGUAAUACAUCAGAUCCAAAACUAUUAGGAAAGUAUCAAAAUAAUGAUAUUUAUUUCUUUAUAAUCAAGUAGAGCUCACCGUAUUGCUAUCAAACUAAACGAUAUUUAUGACUAAACAAUUAGAAUAAUGAAGAAUUUGUCGCAAAUAAGAAAAACUUAUAUUAGUCCCCUUUUGUUACGAAUUUGUAUUCUAUUAGGAAAAAAAAAUGUUGGGCUCAUUUGGCCGUACUUUA